AAAAAAAAACGAUUUGUCAUAUGCGUUUUAGAAACUAAAUUCGUUAAAUUAGAAAGCUAGAUGACCUCAUAUUUAAUAAUUUUUUUUUAUUGUGUAUGUAGUUACAUUAUAACUAUGUAAUAAGAUUUAUAUGCUAUAUACACAUAGCAAUUUGGAUGAAUGUGAUAUAAGUUUAAAAGAUUUUUAACCUCUUUCGCAAGUGCCUCGUAAAAUCAACAAGUCGCACUUGUCAUAUUUUUAUCAUAAGAUAAGGAAAAAUGUUCAGAAACUCUACAAGCAAAUUUAAUCAUAUAAACUACGGAAUAUUUACCACAUGUAAUCGUGUUAGGCAAUUAUUAGUACGUGAUAAUACAGGUCCUAUAAUUGAACCUGUCCUUCCUAAAAUUCAUCCAGAUUCUAAACCACCUAUUGAAAUUCCAGCACCCAAUGAAAAUAUAGGAAAGAACAAACUGAUGAAUACAAGUACUAAUAAUGAUGAAGUUCUUUUUCAAGAUGUAAGAGAUAAAGGUAUAAUAACAUUGAAUCGACCACAAGCUCUAAAUGCAUUAAAUCUUCCCAUGGUACAAAAGAUAUAUCCAAUUUUGAAGAAAUGGGAAUCUACUAAAAAGUUAGUUAUAAUAGAAGGUAUUGGUAAUAAAGCAUUUUGUGCAGGUGGAGAUGUAAAAGCCAUAGUUACUGUUUUAAAUAAACCAAAUGGGAGUUCCUUGGGAGAAAACUUCUUUAGAGAUGAAUACAAAUUAAAUUAUUUAAUUGGUACAUAUGAAAAGCCUUAUAUAGCAAUGAUACAUGGAAUAACAAUGGGAGGUGGUGCUGGCUUAUCUGUACAUGGAAAAUACAGAAUAGCAACUGAAAAAACUUUAUUUGCUAUGCCUGAAACUGCAAUAGGAUUGUUCCCAGAUGUUGGAGGAAGUUAUUUCCUUUCUAGAUUGAAAGGAAACUUAGGACUUUAUUUAGGUCUCACAGGACAUAGAUUGCAAGGCAUUGAUGUAUUGCAUGCUGGUAUUGCAACACAUUAUAUCCCAUCUGAAAGACUUCAGGAUUUAAAAGAUGAUUUAUUAAAGUUAAACACUAAUGAUAUUGAAGGAGUUUUAAAUAAAUAUCAAUUUCAACAUUUGAUGAAUGAAUUCUCUUUAUCACCAUAUAUACACAAAAUUGAAAAAUGUUUUUCUUCAUCUUCUGUUGAAGAAAUAAUUAAUAAAUUAAAUGAGGAUGGUUCAGAAUGGGCAAAGAAAAUAGUACAAACAUUGCUAAAAAUGUCUCCAACAUCCCUGAAAGUUACAAAACAAUGUAUAGAAAAAGGCAGUAAACUUACUUUAGAAGAAUGUUUAAAAAUGGAAUACAGAUUAACUUGUGCCUGCUUGCAAAAAAAUAGUGAUUUUCAUGAAGGUGUUACAGCUUUACUUAUUACUAAACAUCAAAAUCCAGUAUGGAAUCCAAAAUCUUUAAAUGAAGUUACAGAUGAAUAUAUUGAUCAACUAUUUAAAAAACUGCCAGAUGAAAAAGAAUUGCAGCUUUAAUAAUACUGUAUAAUAUAACAUGUAUCAAUUAUGUUGUUAUGUUAUAUUACUUAUAUUGUAAUAUUUUUUAUAAAAACAAAUUGUUAUACUUUAUCUAAAAGUUUACAAAAAAGAAUGUUAUUAAAAUAAAUAAUCGAUUGCAACGAU